GGUGUCCAACCGCAUUGCUUUUGUCUCGCGCGCUUGCUUGCCCUAUCCUACGCUUCAACCGUAUAAUAUAGUGCAUGAUGGUAGCAAAGGAGACUAGUACUAGUACUAGUAGCCAGUCAGCGAAGUCAGGAUAGGCCACGCACGUCCGCCUUGCCGGUUUGCACCCUGCUAUUACUGCAUACACGAGCCGCACCUACCAGUUCUGUACGCUCUGUCCAGCCACAGCAUGGCGAGAGCCGCUGCUGCUGUGAGCUUGCCCGACCUCCUGUGGGCGCUGCCUGCGGACGCGCGGGAACUCGUCAUCGGCACGACCUUUUCCGCCAGCAGCCUCACCACCCGCUGCCGCCUCGCUUGCAAGGAGCUGCGGGACUUGUCCAGCCAAGCGGUGACCGAUGUGAGGCUGCGGCUCAGCGCGUCCACGUUCGCGGAAUGGCAGCCAGGUCAGCGGUCUGUGCUCACCCGAUUCCCGGCAUGCACUCACUUGUCGCUCCACGUCGACGGUCGAGGUGAUGCCCCGCGUGACUUGCCGGGCCUCGCCCUCAUCGGUCUCUCCGCGGCGUCCAGGCAGCGCAUCAGCCACGUCACGCUCACGGCUGCUUAUGUUGAUGUGGAGCGCGCCAUCGAUGUGCUGGCCCGGCACCUCCCCAACCUCCAGGAUCUGCAGCUGCAUUGCCGCGAUGUCGUGAUGCACGCCGCAGCUUCCAGCAGCCCCAUCCCGCGCCAGAUCCGGAUCUUCAGCACCAUCGCCAAGUCGCUGCCGCGCCUGCAACACCUAACACUGCCGCUGCGCUGGCCCGGCGACCUAACCGGCGUGGCCGCGCUCGGGGCUGGCUGCCCGCAGCUUCGCGAGCUAGUCAUCCUAGCGGCAUCAAAAGCACCAAGUUACCGCGGCGCCGGAAACAAGGCCGAGGGGGAGCGGCUGUGCCUGAGGAGCGGCAGCGUUGCGGCGCUGCGCCAGCUGCGCGGGCUGCAGCAGCUGACGCUGAGCUGCUGCGACUGGGCCGACAGCGACCUUAAGAGGCUGCCGCGACUGAUGGGCGCACAGCGGCCGCCGGGGCUGCGGAUCCUACGCUUCCAGGGGCCGGGCUGGUACGCGGACGAGCGCGCAUUCCUGGUGGUGGAGUUUGGGGAGGGCAGGGCGCCGACGGCGGCGGCAGAUGCUGCGGGAGCCGGAGGUGGAGCGGGUGAGACUGAGAGGGGGUGGGGCAUCGCGCGCGUGACGGUGGACGUGGCGCCCUGCGGCCUGACCGUGAUGCAGGGCCUGCAGCUGGUGGCGUACAUGGUGCUGGCGGCGGCGGACAGCCUGCGGCAGCGCACCAUCCCCCAGCUCGUUAUCCAGGAGCUGCCGCUGCUGGAGGGCUUUGAGGGCGAGUGGGACAGCGAUGCGGAAGAGGGACGGCGGGGCGAUGCGGAAGAGGAAUGGCCGGGCGGGAUCUCGCCGCUGCGGUCUCUGCUGCCGCGGUGCGGGCGGGUGGAGCUGCAGCUGCUGCCCAUGGUGGUGGAGGGCUGCCCCUGGCUUGGAGACCCGGCGGCGGCAGUGGCGGCGGCGCGGUACCUGGCGCUGCCGGCGUGUGUGGGGCUCCAGCACGGGUACAUGGAGCUGCAGUGGGGCCGCCGCGGCCGGGAAGUGCGGGAGCCGGCAGCUGCGGGCGAGAGUGGGGAUGUUGGCGGCGGCGGCGGUGCGGCGGCCGCAGGAGCGAGGCCCGAGCCAGCGGCAGCAGUGGGGCAGCGGCGGCAGCAAGCGGGGAGGGCGCAGCGAGGGCAGCGCCGGGUGCCGCGCCCGCAGCUGCACCUGCACAGCGCGACUCACGGGCAAGUGCUGGACGAGGUGGUGGCGCGUCUGUGGGCGAAGGCGGAGGCGUUGCGGCGGACAGGUGGCCAGCAGGAGGCGGGGAGGCUGGGUAAUGGGGCGGCAGCGGGGCUGCUGGAAGCUGCAGCAGGCGCCGCUGGAGGCAGCAGUGGCGGCAGUGGCAGUAGCAGCAGGGGCGCCAGCGGCGGUGGCAGAAGCAGCGCUGGUGCCGCGCUGGGGUCCCGGGUGGUCCUGGUGUGCGGCCGCGGCCUCCCGAUGCCUGACCUGCACAAUGUUGAUCCUGACGACCUGUCAUGGUGGGACCCGUGGGUUGUCGCCGCGCUCACGACGUGCUUCGCCCUGCCACAACACAUGACGGCGGGGCUGGAGGGCGCGGCGGCCGCCAGUGAGCGGCUGCGCGCCGCGCGCUCGUGCCUGGAGUACUGUGGCAUGCACGUGUACGCGCCGACUGCCGGAGCGCUGCUGCUCACCUGCGGCAGCAGCCCGGCGGCGGCGCGGCUCGUGGCUCUGCUGCGGGAAGCACAGGCGGCGCGCCUCCACCAGCGGCACAGCGGUGGAAGCGCGCCUUGCGGUGGCGCGUCCGCGGCGGCGUCCGAAGUGACGGCUGGGGCCAUUGUAGAGGAAGAAGAGGAGGAGCAGGAGGAGGAGAAGGUGCAGGAGGAGGAGGUGCAGGAGGAGGCGGCGAUGGAGCAGGAGGAGGCGGUGGUGGAGGCGGCUGUGCUUCCUGGGCCGGUGGUGUAUGAGCACGAGCAGGAGCAGCGCUCAUGGGUCCCUCUGCGUGGACCCAGUGCUUCGGGCGUGUUCAGUGACGCCGUGCUUGAGGUUCUCAAGGAGCUCUGGGCCAACAGGGGACCCACCACCGCCACCACCACUACCACCGCCGCCACCACCACCGCCACCACCACCACCACCACCACCACCACCACUACCACCGCCGCCACCACUACCACCGCCGCCACCACCGCCACCACCACCGCCGGCGGCACCACCUGUACCCCUUGCGGCGGCGGCGGUGGCGGAACGGGAGCCGACGGCGCCGCCGCCACUGCCGCCGCCGCUGCUGAUGCUACUGCUGCUGCUGCUGCUGGUGCUACUGCCGCUGCUGCUAUGUCGGUGCCGGCAGUUGCGGCCGCCGCCGCCGCCGCCGCGCUGUCUGUCGCUGCGGAGGGGCGGGGUCGUAUCAGUAAUGGGGACAAGCAGAACCACGAGGAGAAGGGGGAGGAGGAGGAGGAGACGAAGGAGAAGGGGGAGGAGGAGACGAAGGAGGGCGCUCUGCGUGCGCUGGGCAGGCUACUGGAACUGGAUGCUGGAAUGGAUUCGCUGUAUGGGACUGGGGAAGUCGAAGUUGGGGCGGUGGAAGCGGCAGCGGCGGCAGCAGGAGUGGCGGGUGGCAGUGGCGGUGGUGGCGGCUGCGGCGGUGGCGGCGGCGGUGGCGGCGGCCCGGAUGACGCAGCAAGUGACGGCCCAGCCGCAGGCGGCGAGGGCGGCGCGGCGGACGAUGGGAGUUGCGGUGGGGACUCGGUUGAGGACGAGGACGAAGGAGAGGGAGAGGAUGAAAUGUGGGAUGGGGAUGGGGAUGGUGGCGAUUACUUUCUCUGAGGACGACGACGGGGAGCAGGGGGAGGAGGAGAAGGAGUAGGAAGAAAUUGGUGACAUUGCAGGUUUAGGUAUCCUGAUGCGGCACUGGCUGUGGUUGGAUGGAUGUUUGUGUGUGACGUGUGGGCAGCAGGCGGGGCGGCGACCAGGGGUCAGGGGUUGUGAGGCAGAGAGCGGCACCCGCCGGCGGCGCAGCGGCAGCAGCAGCGGCAGCGGCAGAAAGGGUGUGCGGCGUUUCAACGCAGAAGCGACAGCGCGGCAAACAGGAAAUGCAGCAGGGGUGUGCAUGUGGAGCAACUGCCGCUGUGUGGAACAACGUGGCUGUGAGAGGCAACCAGUCAAAGCUGUGGUAGGUGCCAUGUUGCCUUCGUACGGCAGCGCUGGAUGGACGGGGCUGCGGGAGCAGCAUCAUUGUCAGCCGAUGCGCACUACGGAGCGCUGAUGUAUGUCGGCCAGUGAGGUAGAUAGGGUUUGCGAAGGAUGGGUGCUUGCAUGCGGCUUUACAUCAAGAGAGGGACCAUGCCGCGUGUUGUUGGCAGUUGACUGCAAGAAUGGGCAAAGGGAAGCGCGCCCAGCAUUGACAUGAUGACGUUCACGGGUCCCCUGGAGCGGCUGCCAGUCCGCCGCGACACAAUGAAACUUUAGCCAAUGCUUUCCAUACGGGGUUGCUCGCAUCUCAAAGCCCAUCUCGGGAUGUCUUCAAGUUGCAAAGGCCGAAGGGGCGCUGGUCCGCUUCGUGUACCAAGCACGACAUACCCAGCAAUGGAAUAC